CACUCCCCACCGGUGCUGUACAGAUGCAAUGCCGGCCCGUGCUGCUGGCCUGCUGCUGCUGCUACAGUAACUAAUUUAAUUGCUAAUUAUUCACCGUGAGAGAGAGAGGGGAAGAACAGUGGUGGCAAAGCUGGAUGUGCCUCUCUUGUUGAGUUGAGGUAUUGUGGUAGAGAGAGUACCGCAGAGCAGCAACUGUUUUAGUUUUGCUCACUGACUACCGGCCAGGGGGACAUUAAUGGCGUGCAGGACCGCUGCCGCUGCUGCCGCUGUUUGCUGCUGGGCAGUAUGAGUGAGCGAGCGAGAGAUCCAUGUGCAUCAGGGCGCCGUUUCUUGCUGCUGCUGCUGCUGCUGGGCGUUCUUCCAUCUCCCCCAGUCUCUUCUCACCUGCUCUACCUCUCCCCUGUACCCUAGUUAAUUCUUGGUGCCUGUGUGUCGAGGAAGAAGAAGAGGUGGUGGUGGUAGGUAUAGGACGAUGCUGAUGGUUGGGUUGUUGGAUGCAUCUAUGGGAGAUGGAAGCUGUAAGCCUGUAUUCUGAGAGCAAUGGAGACCAGAGCAUGUUCUUAGGGGCCCUCCACUGGCUAGCCUACAACUGUUAUUCUCCUUCAUUGGUCCUCCAAUCCUGGCUUAAAUUCUGAGUCUUUUGGCUGGAGAUUUGGGAAGAUUAGGGACUAAGCUAAGCUCCAAUGGCUUGGCAUUUUAGUGCACUUUUCAUGACCACAGCCUGUUUGGUGUUAUUAACAACAAGCGAGCAAUCUUCACAGGGUGAGGUGCUGCAGCAGCUCAGGAAGCAGUUGGAGUACCCAAGGCAGUUGGAUGUAUGGAAUAACCCAAGUAAUGACCCCUGCUACACCCAGCCCACUUCAGGGGUUGCCGUGGCGUGUGAGGACAACGCUAUUACGGCACUUAAGAUUAUCGGCGACAGGUUCACCAAGCUGCCAAAGUUCAAUGGAUAUCCUUUCCCCAAUAUCACCCUCUCUGAAGCCUUUGUUCUGGAUUCAUUUGUUACUACACUGUCAAGGUUGACAAACUUGCGUGUUGUUAUCUUGGUGUCUUUAGGAAUAUGGGGUCCUCUUCCUGACAAGAUUCACCGGCUAACGUCUCUUGAAGUGCUCGAUUUGAGCUCCAAUUUUCUUUAUGGAUCAAUUCCUCCGAAACUAUCAGCCAUGUCAAAGUUGCACACUUUGACAUUGGAUGGGAACGUCUUCAAUGAUACUGUGCCAGACUGGUUCAACAUGUUCUUGAACCUCACAGUUCUUCGGUUGCAGCAUAACCGGUUGAAGGGCCCCAUACCAGCAUCAAUUGCUAAAGCUACCAUGCUUAGUGAGCUUGCUCUUGCUGGCAAUAGCAUUGCUGGUGAGGUUCCACAACUAGGAAGCUUAAAUAAGCUUGAGAUGCUGGACUUGAGGGACAAUGAGUUGGAUGGAGAGCUUCCAGAGUUGCCUACAGCAUUGGUAACAAUCUUACUCAGCAAAAACUCACUCAAGGGUGAAAUUCCUGAGCAGUUUGGUCAGUUGAACCGACUUCAGCACCUUGAUCUCUCAUUCAACUUUCUUGUGGGGAAGCCUCCUGAAAAGCUCUUUGCUCUUCCAAACAUCAGUUAUCUUAACCUGGCUGCAAACAUGCUCAGUGGAUCAUUUUCAAGUAGUUUAGCAUGUAGCAACACCCUUGGCUUUGUGGAUUUGUCCACAAACCAACUCAUAGGUGACCUGCCUGCCUGUCUUAACGUUAAUGUCAAUAACAGGGUUGUUAAGUUUGAUGGCAAUUGCUUUAGCGGUAACCCUGAACACCAGCAUGAAGCCAAGUUUUGUCAACAACCUCACAACGGGAGAGGAUCAAACAAGGAUGUUGGACUUGUGGUCACUGUUGUUGGGGUAGUGUUUAUUGUGCUUGUGCUUUCUCUUAUAUUAAUGGCUUCAAACAGAAGAAGCUGCCAGAGAGUUAUAGCAGAACAACAGUUACUGCAAAAGCAAAUGCAAGAUAAUUCGACUCCAGGAAUGUCCACUGAACUGCUAGUAAAUGCAAGGUAUAUAUCUCAAGCUGUAAAAUUAGGGACACAAAUAAUGCCCAUGUACCGAGCUUUUUCACUAGAAGAGCUCAAUGAAGCAACAAAAAGCUUUGAGCACUCAACAUUUUUAGGCGAGGGCACAAUUGGAAAGCUAUACAAGGGAAAACUAGAGAAUGGAACCCUGAUUGCCAUAAGAUGUUUGACGCUUUACCAACGGUACUCAAUAAGGAAUCUAAAACUUCGAUUAGAUCUACUUGCGAAGCUUCGGCACCCAAAUUUAGUCUGCCUCUUGGGGCACUGUAUUGAUGGUGAAGUCGAUGAAUGGAGCGUGAGAAGGGUUUUUCUUGUCUAUGAAUAUGUACCUAGCGGAACUCUUUCUUCAUAUCUUUCUGGCUCUAGCCCAGAGAAGACUCUCAAGUGGUGCGAUAGGCUCCAAGUGUUGAUUAACAUUGCAAAGGCUGUGCAUUUCUUGCAUACUGGAAUAAUCCCUGGUUCUUUAUAUAACCGGUUAAAGCCUUCUAGUAUUUUGCUUGACGAACAUCUUGUGGCAAAACUGAGUGACUAUGGUUUAUCCAUAAUUACGGAGGAAAUAUACAAACGUGAGGUAGUAGUAGAAGGGCAGAGAUGUAUACAAAAUAAUGAUGAACAAUUGGAAAAUUUGGAGGAUGACGUGUUUUCGUUUGGAUGUAUUUUACUUGAAGUACUCAUGGGACCAAAACAUCAGCGAAAAGAAUAUUCCUCCAUGCUAAGUGAACUGGCUAUGUCAAUAUCAAAACAAGAAGAGCGCGAGCAAGUUAUUGAUCCAGUUGUGCUGGGCACCUCUUCACAGGAUUCUUUGUCGAUGCUGAUCGCCAUUACUAUCAAAUGUUUAUCAGUUGAAUCUUCAGCCAGGCCUUCGAUCGAAGAAGUUCUCUGGAAUCUGCAGUACGCUGCACAAAUCCAGGCAAUAUUCGACGGCGACCAGAGAUCAGAAGUUUCCUCGCAGAUAUCAUGAGAAUUCUUGUCCAUACCUGCGUAAAGACGGUGCUAUAUGUGCAAAUUAAUUUGAUUUUUAGUGUAUGCAGAAGAGAUGACCAAACUGACUGAGUAAUAAUUCAAUUUGAUGCUACUUCAACAGCAUUUGUGACACAUCAACAAAUUAAUUAACAUGUCGAAUGCUGUAAGCUAAACAGACAUGUAGCAAUUUGGUUACGUCAUGGAAAGGAACAUUCUCUCUUAUUAUCACUGUUCAUCAACCCGUGAAUUGUAUGGGUUAUUGAUAUUGAUAACAACUAUUGAAGUUUAGAUAAUUAUAGCAGUUUAGAUUAAAAAGUAGUUACAACGCGUGUACAU